CGUGCCUGAAACGUAUUUCGACACUCACGCACAUCUCGCUAUCUGCAAACCGAACCAACACUCAACAGCACCAUCCUGCGAGCUGUAUUUUUUAAGAACGACGUAAAGGUCAUUAGCACACGGCCGACGUGGGUUUGCUUUGUUUUGCGUGGAAUCAGCGAGCCGAUUGACUUAACCACGAUGAAUGACUCCAAAGAAGCGGCAAAGGAAGCGCGGAGUCUGGCCAAGCGUUUCCAGGAGACGAUGCGCAUCAAUUACCGGCUGGUCCCGCUCAAGUUCCUCAUGCUCUUCACUUACGGAGGUAUGGCCGCCCUGCACCCGUUCCUGACGGUGCACAUGAAGAGUAUCGGCCUGACCCUGACGGAGUCGGCGCUCAUCUACGCCCUCCUGCCCUUCGUCACCUGCGUGGGCCCGCCCAUCGGCGGCGCCAUCGCCGACAAGAUCGGCAACUACAAGGCCGUCAUGAUCGGGGUGGACGUGCUCAGCAUCCUCUUCCACCUCCUCAUGCUCAUCGGCGUCCCCUCCGCAGCCCCGCCCCCGCCUUCACUUUCCUCCCAUCCGGUCAGUUAUCUCCAGGCGACGUUUUCCUGCCGGAAUGCAUCGCCCCUUUGGAGCCCCCCGUCCCCGCCCGAGUGCCCGACGCUGGUCAGUGUGGAGAGGCCGGUCGAGCGCUUAGCAAUGGAUUGUCAGUCUAACUGCACCCCGGUGGGCGGACCAGCCCCCUUCUUGUGUACCGAGACCGAUUACAAAGGUCAGUGCUUACCGUUCGACGCCAGCACCCAUUCGCUGUCUAACGUAUCGAUGGCAUUGGUCAACGGGUCCAUUUAUCUGGACACUUUUGUGCCUUCAUGGAGCCGCGAUGUAAAGCCGACGCGGAAGUUCCGGUGUGUCCUGGAAGUCGGAGGUGAAUGUGAUGUGCAGUGUCGGCUGUCCGGAAACAUCGUCGUUCAGUGCGCUACUCCGUCGGCGUUAACCGGCGUCAACCGCCUGUGGACGGUGGUCUUGUACGCCACCUUCCGCGUGGUCUCCAACGUCUUCAUCGCCACCCUCAUCUCCAUCCUGGACGCGGCGGCCUACCAAAUGUCGGAGGAAUACGGCGGUGAUCUGGGUUUCCAGCGCAUGUUCUCCCUCUUCGGCAUGUGCCUGGCGCCGCCCAUCUCGGGCUUCCUGGUGGGCGUGGCCAGUCAGAAGCGCGGCGCGCCCGACUACGCGCCGGCAUUUUACAUCUUUGCCGGACUGCACGGCAUGGCCACCAUCAUCACGCUGUGCUCGCCCAUCAGUCUGCGCACCGGCGCCCAGAGCAUCUGGCGCAACGUCGGCAAGAUCAUCCGGCGUCCCAAGGUGUCCGUCUUCGUCGUCAUGAUGUUCUUCGGCGGGGCCGCCUGGGGCUUCCUCGAAAACUUCCUGUUCUGGUUCAUGGAGGACAUGGGCUCGCCCAAGUGGCUGCUGGGCCUGACCAACACCACCUCCGCCAUCGCCGCCAUUCCGGUGCUGGCGGUGGCCACGCUGCUGAUGCGCUACUUCGGGCACAUCAAGAUCCUGACCUUCUGCUUCUUCAUCUACGGCAUCCGCUUCCUGGCCUACUCCUUCAUCUACGACCCCUUCCUGGUGCUGCCCGUGGAAGUGCUCGAGGCCUUCACCACCUCCCUCUUCGCCGUCACGGCCUCCGUCUACGGCGGGAAGAUCGCGGCCGAGUACCUGGCCACCAUACAGGGAUUGGUGGGCAGCGCCCACAACGCCAUAGGACGCGGCGUGGGCAGUUUGGUGGGCGGGGUGAUGUUCGAGAAGCUGAAGCCGCGGAUGACCUACCGGAUCUUCGGCAGCUUUUACGUCGUUCUGGGGAUCAUCUACCUGGUUCUGCAUUAUGCCUGGCUGCGUCGCUUAAAAGAUCCUAAAUCAGCGGAAGCGUUGGGGCCCAGUGCCGAUUCAGGCUACCCAGUGGAGGAGAUUGAGAAGCUGCACGGACUGAUGCCGGCGGUGGGCGGCGAUCCGCAGCACCUGAGUCCCGACAACGAAGCGGCGCUCACGCGCUUCGCCGUCAUGGGAGCGCUGACCCGCCGCUACAGCCAGGCGCCGCCCCUGAUCCACAACUGCGAGCCGGCCGACCCCGGACACGACCACAGCUCGCGGCGCAGUUCGCGCCGGGGAUCGACGCUGCUGCCCACCGUCAACUACCUCAUUCAUCGCCCGUCGACGCAUCUCUAAAACCGCUUCGCUUUGUAUCCAGGCAUUAUAUUUCGCCACAUUACACUUGCAGGUUUCACUGUUUGUUGUAGGAAGACAUUGUGGAAUUUAUUACUUAUUGUAAUUUGGUAAAGGUAGCGUCAAGGCACGCACAGAGUACACGUGAUAACAAAGUCAAACCGCCAAAAUCGGC